GCACAGGAAUUCGUCACACGGCAAACAUUCGGCCCUGUUAACUACAGAUAUUGUUACUCUGCAGCGAACAAGAGCUAUGGUAAAGGUUGUCAUAGCUUGGAUGUUGUAUCGCAUCGUGCUGCCCAUCGUUCUUCUUUCCGCUGUACUCCUUCGCUACAACGUAAUAUCCCUGCUGUACCUUUUGCUGCUAUUGGCUAAUCCACUGACGUCAAGCCCUACGGUCAAUAGAACAACAGCUCCUGCUAUUUACCUGAAAGUCAUCUUGGCAACCUGCGCAGUGGUACACCUCUGUCAUAUCGGUUACCACGUGUUCUUGCUGGCAACGGCACCUCAAGUGGAGGAGCUAGAUACGUGCUCUAAACAGCAGCGUCUCCUAGCUGUCCUCGGCAUCGACCGCUUGGAGGGCCUUACUCUGGUGCAGGUCUUCCGCCUAUUCGGACUAGACCUCGUCGUCUUCGUAGUAGCUGGGGCAACUUUAUUUUGCUGCCCACGACUAGAUAAUUUCCCUACCGAGCACAUACUACAACCUCCACAACAUGACCGCAGCCGACUUGCUGGCCGUUUCUUUGGAGCGUCAACUCUUCUCUUUUUAAUGGCUGCGGCGGGAAGCUUUCGCUGUUCCCUAUUAUCCAUGGCGUAUUUCCUCACCUUUCUUUUCGUGGGAACAUGCCUAGCCCUUCAUCGCCACCUGGACGACAGUUUCUCCAGAAGACGCUUCCUGCUCUUGUUGUACAGUGGACUGCAUAUAGUGAUGGUGUAUUUCUAUCAGUUGGACUACGCGCAGGAGCUUAUUCCACCUACCGAACUUCAGUGGAGGCUACUGGGGCUCCCGGCGCUACGGAAACCUAUCUGUGACACAUCGCUGUUCGUCAAUGAUACAGCAUCUGAUGUACGCGCAUUACAAUUCCAUGACCAGGACUGGAUUACAUACGCGGAAUGCUUUGCAGUGAUUGCUCUCUUCUAUGUCGCCGCAAUUAUGACUCGUACCCAGAUGCUGCAACCCUCAGUUUCUAAGACAGAACGUCCCUCGCUGACAGUGGAGUCAUCCAUAUUACCUUGCGAAGCCGAUACGAAGGCACAGACAAAUGCUUCCACGACAAGCAACUACGUCGACGCCGACGCAAACGAUCUGGACGAAGACAUCUUCCUGUCUUGUAACACUAACAAGACAGAAAACAAAUCGUUACGAAGCGGCAUGACUGUUCCCUGCUGUGUGAUCCCCCCAGUACCCAACAGCGCUCGGAGCAGGAAGUGGAUGACUACUUUGUGCCAGUAUCUCACUUUGCUCUCUGGCGCGAGCCAUGUGCUCACUUUGGUGGCCAUGAUGGCCUGGAGCAUCACCUAUGCUUCCUGGUUGACCUUCGUGUUUCUGCUGUGGUCCUGCAUUCUGUGGAUGACGUCCAACACGCGUCGAGCUUGUUUGCGGACGUCUCCAGCACUGGUUGCAUACGCAGAGCUUUUGCUACUACUUCAGUAUGUCUUCAGCUUCAACGUGACUGACACGGAGUUGCCACAGUUUUCUCAUUUGGGGCUGAUAAAGUAUCACGAGAGCUCAUAUCGCGCACUCUUCGGCAAGAUGUCAUACACCAUAGUGUUCUGGAUAACUUUAUAUCAGUACAUGGAUGAGAGGCACCGUGGAUCUCCGAGUGACAUUUCGGGGGCCCACAAAAGAGAACCGUGUCAUGAUUCAGGGCCCAUUCUCAACAUGGAUGCAGACGCUGCUGAUACUCAGCCGAAGGUUCGUCGACGAGCCAACCCAAAGCACUGGUGCUUCUCAGGCUGUGGUCUUUGGUUUCCUGCCAUUUCGCUUGGACUGGUAGCACUCGGGGGUUCCAGGGUGGUUGUAUACAGGGUGGUCUAUCUAUUUUUCUUUCUUGUCUUCCUUCUGAUGUUCCAGCUAUCCUACAACCUCUGUGUAGAGGUGAUGUACUGCUUUUGGAUGGCGGUCGUCAUCUAUACGAUGACUGUGCUAGUCCUCGUCUACACGUACCAAUUCGAACGAUUUCCGUCCUACUGGGAAGAAUACCUCCACGUACCUCCGGAUAUACAACGUGACUUGGGGCUCGAGAAGUAUUCGACAUACGAUAUGUGUAUGGCGUUCUUGGUUCCCACUUCGGUAUUGAUCAUUGCCGUAUGGCAGCUCAACUGGCUUCGUGAAGAUUCCCUCAAGGCCAACCAAGGGACUUACACAAAGCAGCAGGGAUCCGAAAGAGGUGUCAUGGGGGAGCAAUGUGGAGUACAGGGCGCGCAUGUGACUGACGUCAGCGGCUUAUCGAUUGGUCUGCUUCCUCAAGCAAUCCGUGAUUUCCUGCGUUCUUGGACAUGCAUGGAUAAACUUCGCAAGUUCCUGAAUGACGCCAGGGAAGUCUCAUGGCGGUUGCUCGAGGUCCACGUUAACAAGAUCGUCUUCUUUUGCGUCACAUACGUAUCUGUUUACGAUGUAUGCGUGCCGCACUUGUUCUUCGUCGUAUUCGUGGUACUGGCACUCCCCUCCCCUUCGCUCCAACUACUCUUCUCCCACUGUUGUUCAUUGUGGGCAUCGAUAUUGUUCCUCGUCAGAACCAUCUACCAGCUUGGAUUCGUUGGAAUGGAGUACAGUUCAACCAACUGCGCAGUUCCGUACGGACAUCAUGCCACCGAGUCUUCGACGUCGCCACUUAACGCCACGCAAACAAACGCCAUGUGGUUUGGACUCAGAAAAACAUCAAAUUACUUUUCCUAUUGUAAGCCGUACAUGGUGUUGGUUCUGGUGUUCACGGCACAAGCCAUCGUGAGGCACAGGCAAGACUACCACCGGGCCCAUCAUGGCGUUUUCGAACCGAAACCUGGCGUUGUUUUUUCCUUCGUGGCUCGCCGCGACGCUGAUAACAGCAUCCCGGAGUGCGCUAUGUUUCUUGUCAACUGUUUCUUCUACAAAUUUGGUAUCGAGGUGUCCUUUGUAGUAAUGGUCUUCUGCAUGGGACAACGUAUGGACGUGUACGCCUUGGUGACUUCCAUAUGGCUCUGCGUCCUGUUCUUGCUUCGGACGCACCAGCUCAGCCGUAUAUGGCCGUGCUACGUGACCUACCUCUGCGUCGUGAUGCUUCUCCAAUAUAUCGCGGUCGUGGGCCUGCCGCCGGAACUUUGCGUUGGCUACCCCUGGAGUGAUCCAUCGCGCAAGACACUUCACGAAGCGGCACUGUGGCUCUACCUGCCAGAUUACAAGAAACCUCCAGACCCAAGCAAAAUCCUCGUGGACCAUCUGCAACUGAUGGUAGCUUCCUGCCAGCUCUUCGCCUUUUCUCUGGAACGCUCCCAGAUCAUAACCCACCACGGAGGUUCUAACGCAGAGAUCUACGAUAAGCACGGGCGUUUCGUAGGAAUCUCACCCAAUCCCGUCCCGGACUUCGUCACCUAUGCCACAUCCUACUUAUCAGUGAUCCAGUCCUGUGCGUUUUUCUCCUCUUAUUGGAUGACUUUGGCCGUGAUGUUCCUGGCUGGCACUAGCCGCGUCUCUGUUUUCGCAGUGGGCUAUGUCCUGGGAUGUCUCGCCUUCCUCUGGAGUGGGAGCGACUUCUUCCUCAGGCCGAUGAAUACAUUGCUCAAAGAGUGGAACAUGUUGCUGGCGUACAACGUCGCGGUGAUCUUCUUCAAGAACGUUGCGCAGGUGGCAGCGUGCGUUUUUCAGGACUACUUGCUCAACAACGCCUGCUGGAUUGUUCAUGUGCUUGGAAUAGUAUGCCUGAAGAGUGAACAACCUGAGCUUCAGCCAAGCGGGGAAUCAAAUGAGAACAGCGAUGGAGUUCGUCACGCACCAUCACCUUCGGAGGUCGGCUUGUUUUGGGACGGCGUCUGUCUGGCGUUCUUGCUGGCACAGAAACGGCUAUUUACAUCCUACUACUUCCAACAUAUUGUCAUCGAAGUCCUCGUGCAACAACACCUGGCAUCACGAGGGUCUGAAAUGAUUAACGAGAUGGAGCGUGAGGACUUUGAGCAGCAACGGAAUCGUGAACAAGAACACAUUGAGAAGAUCAGGCUGAAGACUGAGAAAUUGCGUGUCUGCCAGCAACAGUUGCGCCCCGGCGAUGAGAGGCUAGAGACUCACUAUGAAGCUAUUCGCUCCGGGGACCACUAUAUGUUCGACGAGCCCACGGAGUUGGAACUAGACAUGGAAGCCGCUGACGGCAAAGGACGCCGAAUGAGGGAUGAGGACGAGGAUGUCGAAGUCCGUGGCCUAAACGCGUUUCUGACUUCCGCGAUGAAGUCCGACAACUUGCGUCGUGACCCCAGGGAGCUUGCAUGGUGCAGAUUGAGAGCAACACGACGAGCUCCUACAACCAGCGAAUCCUCGCUGGGUUCGAAGGAAGCGCACCCGCUAAUCCCAGCAACAGCAAAGUCGGAGACCGCCCACACGGCAGAAAUUUCCAAGCGCCCAUCUGCGGCCGAGACUGCUGGACUGCCUCCAACUGGCUCAAGAGGAAGAGAACCCAGGGAAGAACGUCUGUCACGGCGGCUGUUAGGCCACGUAGCCUUUUUGAUGGCCCUUAUCGACAGCAUGCUCAUCACUUGCACAGCCAAGUUGAACGAGGUAUCACGUGACUACCGCUACGUCGUCAGGCGCUUGGGGGAGGAGAAGCGACUGUAUAAAAUGCAGUAUACGAGCGGCCUAGCCACCGAAACAAACAAAGUCCACACGGCUUCGCCAACGCACCACUUUCAUGAGCGUUACGAAGAAACGCAAGGGUCAUCACAGGAACAUCUUCCAGAAUCUUGCUUGCUCGGUGCUGAAACGUCCCACUGGGGAUCUGCCACACAUAGGCCGUCGGUCGUCCGAUUCUUCGUCGCGUGCUAUUAUGCUGUAAUGUCGCAUUCCGAGGUAGCGUGUUACCUGGCGAUCGUCGUGAACCAGAUGAUGACCGCGAGCCUCCUUUCCCUUCCUCUUCCCCUCAUGGCUUUCCUGUGGGGUUCGCUAUCCGUCCCCCGCCCGUCCAAGACGUUCUGGAUCACCGUCAUCACGUACACCGAAGCCAUCGUGGUAGUCAAGUACAUUUUCCAGUUUGACACCUUCGACUGGAGAACAUCUUUUAUUGUUGGGAUUGCUGAGCUGAGCGGGCAUGACUCGUCUUACGCGUUCUACGACUUGGUCCUGCUGCUCUUCGUUUUCCUGCAUCGAUUUGUGCUCAGAACUGAGGGCUUGUGGAGGGAUAGCACUACUUUCACCGAUGCGUCUGAAGCCUCUUCCAUGAGCUGUGCAACACUGACACUACACGCAAUGGAGCUGCCUGAAGAAAAUGAAGGUGUGAAUACUAGUACGGAGGAAAGUAGGAUUCUUAGAUACUCUACGCUCCAUGCCAGCGACAUCUUUAGACGGGUCGGUAAUUACACAGUACCGUUCAAGACUUUCUUCGUGGAUCUCCUCCAUCCGACGCACAGGAUACCUGCUGAUGUGUAUGCCUACAUGUUCGUGUGUGAUUUCGUGAGCUUGUUUAUUUUCCUUCUCGGGUCCUCAACGUAUAGUGAGGGUAGCACCACAGUCGACAACGGCGCAGAGAACGGCGCAAGCAAAGGGGUUCUAGUGCCGUUGCUGAUGAUACUAGCGCAGCUCUCGCUGGUCAUUGUGGAUCGGGCGUUUUAUCUGCGCAAGUACGUCCUCGGGAAGCUCGUUCUCCAUAUCUUCAUCGUUCUCGCCGUCCACGUGUGGCUAUUCUUCGUAGUUCCUGCCUUGACCCGUCGCGCCUUUGUGGACGAUCGGAACGCGACCCUCCAACUCUGGUAUUUCAUAAAGUGCGUCUACAUCUUGCUGUCGGCAUACCAGAUUCGGUCGGGCUAUCCGACCUGUGUCUUGGGAAACUUCCUUUGUAAGAAAUACAACUACGUCAACUACGUUUCUUUGAAAGGAUACAUGUUUGUGCCAUUUCUCUACGAACUACGCUCUCUGAUGGAUUGGUUGUGGACGGAUACAAGCUUGAGUUUGAGUUACUGGCUGAAGGUGGAGGACAUAUUCUCUACGAUAUUUUUCGUCAAGUGUAUGCGACGUGCAGAAAUGUACUAUCCAACACCACGAGGGCAAAACCGUGGCUCGCUCACAAAGUACGGCCUUGGUGGAAUCAUCCUGCUUGGUAUUAUCAUCGUGGUGUGGAGCCCCCUAAUGCUCUCUGUGCUGUCCAACUCUGCUGGCGAGUCGCUUUUGCCAUCUCAGUUUACGAUGGAGCUACAGAUUGGAAGCUAUGAGCCGCUCUUCAAGGUCAGCCUUCAGGGUAACGCUCUGCAGCCCAUGCCUUCUGGUGCCUGGCUACGCAUGCAGAGGGAGUCUCAGGCAACAUCGGGUGGCCAGAUAUUUAUGAACGAUUAUGAUAGGCAAGACGUCGCCGUGGUGACAAUCCAUUGGAAUUCCACAGGGUUUUGGGCCAUCAGCCCUCCUGCUCGAAAGAGACUCAUUGAAGAGCUUAACCUAUCAGCACCUGGGCUUCAAAUGAGCAUCAAGUGGGAGAUCACGCGUGUUCUUGUGGAUGACUUUAAUAAGACUGAAACACAAAGCACAAGGAGCACCAUACAGGUCGUGCCGCUGUCCGAUUCUACAGUGCGGCAAGAAUUCGCACGUGCAAUUUCCGGGGAUGACACGAGUGACGUCAUAGUGCGUGGUGUACUGCCGAACUACCUCAUGAUGUCGGACGGUAAACUGGAAGUGGUAAUCCUGGAUCACGCAGACAUGUAUCGAGAUUUCACACUGCGUCUGCGCACCGGAUCCUUCGAUAACAAGAGCGCCCCCAGCGAGUGGUGGGAGCUCGAGGAGCAGUGUAGCAAGGGCCCGCCAUAUCCAUUCUUGUCCAGCGAGCAAGCUUCCUGUUCCCACCUAAGAAUGAUCGUCUUCUGUGAGAAGGUGAAACCGGACAAUGGCGGGCAAGGGAUCAUAGGCCUAUACGCAACUUUCGUACUUCUGGUGUCAAGCUUGCUACGCGGUUUCUGGGCGACCUCUGCAUUUAAGAUUAUGAUCGACGACGUGCCUAACGUGGACAGAAUCUUGCAACUCUGCCACGACAUCUACCUUGUGAGACAGAGCAGAGAGCUACUUCUGGAAGAGUACCUGCUCGCCAAGCUUCUCUUCCUGUGCCGCUCACCAGAGGCGCUCAUAAAGUGGACGCGGCCUCUAUCCGCCGCGCAUGGGACCGCAUGAUAUCGUGCUACUCGAUGCAUCUUUCCUUGCGCUAUAAGUGGCUUUGCAGAUAUGCAAAGAAAACUAUGACACGGCUCAUAUGUCCUCAGUGUUCCGCUAACUCACACACAUUUCAAUAACGUUCGUUGCAAAAGUGCCGUUUGCGCUGCUGCGAACGCUUAUUUUGUAGCAGCCUUCGCAACUGUACAAUACGCUAAUGAUUUAAUUAGAACAGUGGAAUAAAUCGAACUAGUUGAUCGACAA